AUGGGCUCUUUAGAAGGACAGUACAACAUCCAGCGGGACAACCGCCAGCAGGCUUCUCGCUCAGAGGGCUCCGAUGGGGAUAUUUCACCAUUAUCUUCUCGUAAGGUAUCAUUAGCAGAUGCUCAUCAACAAUAUCAACAGGAUUACAAUCAACCUAUAAGUCCUCGUCAUCAGGAACGGUUCCAUGAAUCUAUCGAGGAACAAAGGGAUUUGGAGGAUGAAGAUGAUCCAAUUUCACAUCAUCAAGGACAUCAUCACCAAGGACAUCAGGGACAUCAAGGACAAGGACAUAGACUUAGUAGUGUUCCAUUUAGUUAUAAAGGAUUUCAUCAAGCUGGUAAAAAUGAUCCUAUACCUCCUUUAGCACAUCCAAUUAAACCAAAUAGAGGUAAAAAGAGCUUCUUUGGGAAAUUUAUCAAUUCUAUAAAUGAUAAAAGUUCAAGACAUAAUAGUUCAAGUUCUGAAAGCUCAAGUGGUGGUGGUGGAAGUAAUAGAAUGAGUUUUACAAGAUCAAAUUCUAAACAUAGAACCCCAUCUAUUUUAAAUAUAAGAAGCUCUAGCUAUAAUGAUGAUUUGGGUCCUUUAACACCAGUUCAUCAAUCACAAGGUUCACAACAAGGUUCACAGGGGUCACAGGCACAAGUUCAACAAGGUGCUGCACCACCACCUUCUUCACAAAAUCAUCCAGGUGUUCAAAAUGCAAUUAGCUCUCAUCCAAUGGUUAAACAUAAUCCAAGUAUAACUUCAAGUUUCUUUGAUAUGAGAAAUGAUUCUACAGGAGGGAAUUCCGUUGUAGCUUUAAAUGUUAAUGACUUAAAUGAUAUGACUGGUAUUGUUGCUGAACCUCCACAAGAUCAACAGCAAGAACAACAACAAUUCCAACAACAAGAAUCACAGGGAACAAAUGAUAAAAUACAAAAAGAUUCUUGGACUGCACCUGAGAGUUGGGAUGUUAAAGGUGACAAAUUAGGUUCUGUUUCAGAUGAUGAUGAUGAAUAUGUUGUAAGGAAAACUUUAACUACAAUUACUCAAUUAGAUGAACAAAGAUUUGACUCUAAGAAUUAUCAUAUUAGAAUUUAUGGUGAAGAUGAUGAUUUCACUUCAACUUUGAAAAGACCUUACAUGGAAACUGUUGAUGAAUUAAUUAGAUAUAUUAAAGGUAGAUAUCAAUUAGUUGGUGAUUAUAAAUUAAGUUUAAGAGUAGGGAAAGUUACUAAAAAAUUAGAAUGGAAUCAAAAACCAAUUAAAAUUCAAACAAAUUUAUUAUUUUUAUCUGGUUAUUUAGAAUCAGAUAGAUUGGAUGAAAUUGGUAGAGAUGACCUAAGUUAUUUAUUCAAAUUUAUUUUACAUCAUGAUGUUUUAAAACAAUUAAGUCCAUUAGAAGAAGAACAAAUUUCAAGAGAUUUAUUACAUGUUAAUUUGAAAAGUAAAGAUUUACAAAAAAUCCCUGCAUUAUGUUAUUCACCAAAAGUUCAAAGUUUAGAUGUUUCAAAUAAUGGUGAUAUUACAUUACCUUUAGAUUUUUUCCAAACUGCAAAUUCUCAAUUAAGUAAUUUAAGAAUGGUUAAUAUUAGAGCUAAGAAUUUCCCACAAAAUAUUGUUUAUGCUAAAGAGCUGGCCUCUUUAGAUUUAGAAAGAAAUUUCAUAACAAAAUUCCCUAUGGAAUGUUUCCGUUUGAAAAACUUAUCAACUUUAAAUUUAAGAUGUAAUAAAUUGAGUGAAUUACCAGAUUUACCACCGAAUUUAAGAGUCUUGGAUAUAAGUUCAAAUGAAUUUGAAAGUUAUCCUGAAUCUGUCAAUAAACUAAACAAUUUAUUACAAUUAGAUUUAUCUUAUAAUAAAUUACAAAAUUUACCAGAAUCUGUUAAUAAUUUGAAAAACAUGAGGAAAUUAAAUAUAUCAAGUAAUUAUUUAACUUUUGUUGAUAUUAAUUUAUUAAAUUUAAGAACUUUAAAUUUACGUUAUAAUGAUAUAACAGAAAUUCAUUUACAUGAUUCAAAUAUUGAAACAUUAUAUUUAACUCACAAUAAUAUUUCAAAUAUUGCAGAUCCAUUAAAUUCAUUGAAAACUUUAGAUUUACAACAAAAUCCAGUUACUCAAUUAAAUAUCAAAAGUCCUGAAUUACGGACAUUAAAUUUAUCAAAGGCCAAAUUAACUUUCUUACCAGAUGUUAUUUUAACUUUUACUAAAUUGGAAAAAUUAGAAUUAAGUAAAAAUGCAUUACGUGAAUUACCUUCAACUUUAGUUAAUUUGAAAAAUUUAAAAGAUUUAUCAAUUUAUGGUAAUAAUUUAGAAAUUUUGCCAGAUUUAUCACCUUUAACCAAGUUGAAAAAUUUAGAUUUACAUGAUAAUAAUUUGAAAUCAAUUUUUGAUUUUUCAUUUAUUGAAUCUGUUAAUAUUUCAUCAAAUUUAAUUUCUGAAUUACCAUCACCACAAUUUAGUGAUUUAAUUUUUUUCAGAGCUGGUGAUAAUCGUUUGAAUGAUGAUUGUUUCUAUACAAUCAAGCAUUAUAUCAAUUUAAAGAUCUUAUCAUUAGCUUAUAAUAGAUUAGUUGAUAUCCCUGCUGGUACAUUGGGUAAUUGUAAAAAUAUUGAUCAAUUAUAUUUAUCAGGUAAUGCAUUAACAACAUUACCAGAAGAUUUUGAAGAUAUUGCAACAUUAAGAGUCUUAUGUUUGAAUGGGAAUAGAUUCCGUACAUUACCAUCAGAAUUAAGUAAAUUAUAUAAUAUGGAAGUUAUUGAUGUCGGUUCAAAUGAAUUAAAAUAUAAUACUUCAAAUAGUAAAUAUGAAUGGAAUUGGAAAUCAAAUAUUAAUUUAAGAUAUUUAAAUUUAUCUGGUAAUAAAAAAUUAGAAAUUACUGAAGAUUUAAAUUUACCAAGAUUAAGAUUAUUAGGUUUAAUGGAUUUAACUUUAACUACACAAGCUAUACCAGAUGAAUCUAUGGAAGUGAGAGUUCGUACCACACCAAGUACAAUUGGUAAUAUGUCAUAUGGUAUUUCUGAUAGAGUUAAUAAAUAUAUCUUAUCAAGAGAUUCAGUUAUUGAAAAAAUUGCAGGUGGUAUAUUAAUUGGAUUAUUUGAUGGUAUAAAUUCAGGUAAAAUCUCACAUAUAAUAAGAGAAAAUUUCCACAAGAUUUUUGAACAAGAAUUAAAUAAAUUUGAUAUUGUUACUGCAUUGAGACAUACUUUCUUAUCAUUAAAUAAAGUUAUUAAUUUCUCAUCUCUAAAUUCAGAAGAUGGAUUAACUGGUUCAAGUGUUACUGUUAUUUUCAUUAAAGAGAAGAAAAUUUAUACUGCAAAUAUUGGUGAUUCUACUGCAAUGUUGGCCAAGACUGAUGGUUCAUUUACAUUCCUAACUGUUAAUCAUCAACCUUCAAGUGUUGUUGAAUUUGAAAGAAUUAGAACAAGUGGUGGGUUUGUUUCAAAUGAUGAUAAAUUAGAUGGUGUUUCAAAAGUUUCAAGAGCUGCUGGAUUUUCAGAUCUUUUACCUCAUAUUCAUUCAGGUCCUGAUAUUAGUGAGGCUCAUUUACAUGAUGAAGUUUUAGUCUUGGGUACAAGAGAAUUAUUUGAAUAUUUACCAACAAAAACAAUUGGUGAUAUUGUUAGAGAAAGUGAUAAUCCAAUGGUUACAGCUGAAAAAUUAAGAGAUUAUGCAAUUUCUUAUGGUUGUAAUACUAAGACUUCGGCUAUUGUUUUAAGUUUGAAAAAAGCUAAAAAAGAUUAUAAACCACCUGCUAAGCAACAAGUUGAAGAUUCAAAUUUAAGAAGAUUAAGACCUGAAAUUCAACCACCAGUUGGUGAAUUAGCAAUGGUUUUCACUGAUAUUAAGAAUUCAACUUUAUUAUGGGAAAAUUAUCCAUUAGCUAUGAGAUCUGCAAUUAGAACACAUAAUGAUAUUAUGAGACGUCAAUUACAUAUUGUUGGUGGUUAUGAAGUUAAGACUGAAGGUGAUGCAUUUAUGGUUUCAUUUCCAACAGUUUCAUCAGCAAUGGUUUGGUGUUUUAAUGUUCAACAACAAUUAUUAUUAGAAGAUUGGCCUGCAGAAAUUACACAAAGUGAUGAAGGUCGUGAAGUUAAAGAUUCCAUGGGUAAUACUAUUUAUAAAGGUCUUUCAGUUCGUAUGGGUAUUCAUUGGGGUGUUCCGGUUUGUGAACCAGAUAUUAUUACAAGAAGAAUGGAUUAUUUUGGACCAAUGGUUAAUAAAACUGCAAGAGUUUGUGGUGUUGCAGAUGGUGGUGAAAUUACAUUAACUUUAGAUUGUUUAACUGAAUUUAAAAGAAUUGAAGCUGCACAUAAAUUAGUAUUAGCAGGCUCAACAUUAGAACAAGCGUUUGGACCAAAUGAAGCUGCUGAAUCUUUAAAUAAUGAAUGUGCAAUGUUAACAAAUAUUGGAUGGAGACUUGAAGCAAUGGGUAGAGUUCAAUUAAAAGGUCUUGAAACUGAAGAAGAAAUUUCAUUAAUUUUCCCACAAUCAUUAGGUACAAGAUUUGGUUUCCAACGUAAACCAGAUUUAACAGCUGAAGAUAUUUAUAGAUUGAGAGAUAUAACAUUAAGAUUAGAUUAUAUUUUAUCAAAAGUUUCAGGUUUCCAAUCAAAUUUUCAAAAUGUUAAGAAAAAUGAACAUUUAGAUAAAAAUUUAUUUGAGAAUUUUAUAGCAAGAAUUGAAUCAAGUAUUGCUUUGUUAUCAUUACGUGAUCAAACUAUAGGAUUAUUUGAAAAAGAAACUGAUUUAUUUAAUCUUGUUGAUCAAUUAUCUACUUUAUAUAAACAAGCAAGAAUUAGUGGAAUUCCAAGUUCACCAGGUGGAACAAUUUCUGAUGAUAUAUCAGAAAUGAGUUCAGAUGAAUGA